UGAAUUAUUAUAAUUGACCACAUUUGACAAUUAAUAAAAUAAAUAUUGAUUAAGAAUUAAGAGUUGACAAAGAGUUGACGAAGAAAAUAGAUGCCAUUGCUAAGAAGCUUCAAUCCCAAAAACUUAACGUACAAUGUAGUCACACCUAUGAACUUCAAGGUUGUAGAUUACUGAGGAUAUAUACCAUAUUUCUAAGGGUAUGUGAAAUGGAGCAAGAAGAUCAUACUCAUCGUCGAACAAAAUUUGCUCUAGCAGUUUUCGGUAUAUCAUUUUGUCUUAUCCUACUAACAGUAGCUCAAUGGAUGCCACUAGUCACAAUAUGCGUGUUAGCCGCGCCUUUAAGGCGGAACUAUGUGGUCGCCGUCGUCGUUUUGAUGUUAGCCAUGGUAAUGGUAACGUGUUUCGUGUUUUGCGAUAACUGUCGAGUCAAGGCACCGAUGAAUUGUGUAAUGGUGUUACUCAUUUUUGAAUGCACAACAAUUGGAUUUGCUGUACUGAUUAUGGAGGAGAAAAUCCAAUUUUUCUUAUUAAAUUUCUUAAUUGUAACAAUAGUAACUCUUAUUGUCAUUAUUGCUGCAACAUUCUGUACUUACGACAUGACCGUUGAUAUCAUCGCUCUAUUUGUUGUUGCAAUUAUAUUAUUCAUAGGUUCAGUAUUUCUUGUGGGCUUAUUCGCGAUGAUUAAUUCUAAAAUCAGUUAUUAUCUAUAUACACUUCUUGGUGGAAUAACGAUAAUAAUGUUCAUGGCUUAUCAUACACAGACUAUAACUGGCGGUCGUUAUGCCCAAAUGCGUACCAAAGAUAGUUUACUGGGAGCAUUGAUACUAUAUGAAGAUUAUAUAUUAUUAUUUAUGAUGUCUUAUUUCAUAAUAGUUGAAAACUUUAACGACAUGGGUAUUAGAGGGUCCUCUUACGAAUGUCAAAAUGAUUAAAAGUGUUGAUGUGAUCAAACUCAAAUAUUAAUUCUGUUUACCAUAUUUAAACUCGGACAAGAGAAAAUAAGGAUUGUAGUAAGGAUUAUAAAACAGAAUGAAAAAAACUGUGGUGAGCAAUAAUACAAGUUUCGGUUCUAUCGAAACUGUAGCAGCCUUUAUAUGGACUGAUGUACCGCACAUAUUAUAAUCACACAUAGUCAGGGACGUAUAUAGCCUUUAUAUGGACUGAUGUGCCGCACAUAUUAUAAUCACACAUAGUCAGGGACGUAUACAGAGACUAUGUUAAGGAAAGUUUUUUUAAUGAAAACACUUAAUUAAAAAAUCCAUAUAUCAAGUCAAAAAUGGUCUGAAGCAUUUUGGGCCCCCGAUCCGUAUACGCCACUACAUUUAGUAGUGCCACUGUAAUAUAUCAACUGCAUUCAUUAAAAAAUAUUUUUAAGCUUAAAAUUAUAUUUUGUGACAAUA